AUGUCGUGCGUCCCUCCCGAGUGGGAGCAUGUAGCCGCCUCGGCCGGUCGUGUCGCCCAGAAGCUGCCGCAGCUUGCUGCCGUCUUGCGUGCGGCUGCGCGUGCGGCGGUGACCGCGUCGGCCGACGCCAACGCCGCCUCGACCGCCAAGAUCGCCGCGCUCACCCAGCAGCUCGAAGAGGCCAAGGGCGCGUUGGCGACGUCAAACAGCAAACUUACCGCGCUCGAGGCCGUCGUGGUAGCGGCGGGCCCGCGGCUAGCAGCGGUGGAUGCUGCCGAUGCUGCCCGCCUUGCCGCCGAAAAAGGUCGUGAAACCGCGCUCGCCGACGCUGCCGCCGCUCGCCACGACAUCGCCGCCGCACUCGCCGCCGCCGCCUCCGCACGUGCCGACGCUGACGCUGCACGUGCUGCAUCUACAGAGAAAGACGUCGAACAUGCUGCCGCCAUGGCGGCCGCCACAGACUCGAUCGUCAAGCUGGAGAAGGCCGUGGCGCGACUCGAGGCCAAGGAGCUCGUCCUCCUCCGCGCCGCCACCAAGGCCAAGGCCGCGGCUAGCAAGCUCCGCAAACAGUUGCGCGCCGCAAACGCCACACGCGGCGAUGCUGGGGGCGUGACCAAGCGAUCACGCGCUGCGCGGUCGCCACAUCCCGAGGCUGCUGCCCCAGCAUCGCCUGGCCGUCCGCGGAAGCGGGUUCGCGCGUCGCGACCGGCGCGUCGCGCGCCUCCGGGAGCACCCGGCGCACCGUCGACCACCACACACGCGCCCACGCUUCCGCAGUCUCAGAGCCCCCGGGCAUCGCGACCGCGCACCGAUCUCGAUGUUCUGGCCUUUGGCCUUCCGCCUCGCGGCGCAAGCGAGCCAUCCGACAGCAGCAGCUCGAGCUCCGAGGUGGUGGAGUCAAUCUCCGACUCGUGCUCGAACGACUCGGAGGAAAGCGGCGGGAGCGAGAGCUCAUCGUCGACUACGGUGGGAGGACUGGAGCUCUCGGAUGAUAUGUUCUUGGCUACCUCGCUCAAGUCGAUGGAGCUGGUCGGACUUCAGGUCGAGCUGGCUCGACAGCUCUCAACCUGGAUCGAUCUCGCCGCGCUACCUGGUCACUCGAUCACGUACCUGCUUGGCGCGCCGAACUCGCUGGCAAACAACGUGAUCAUUCUGGAGACAGUGGCUGAAGCCAUGGGUGUGUCGCUGGAUUGGGGUCUCGACGACAGUGCGGGCGGCGAUGGGUCUCGACGGAGCUCGGCCGGCCCGCCGCCAAACACGCUCUCGCUCUCGGAUCGGAUCUACCGAGUGCUUGACUGCCUGGCGCGGGCCAACGACGAGCUUGUGUACGGGUGGACAUCGAGUGACAAGAUCGGGUGGACCAAACGACCGCCGAUGUUUGCGCUACCGUUUGUAGACGAGGAGGAUGCGCCGCGGGGCAUGCUCGUCUCGCGGCCGUACCUCCGGUCGGCGCUGGAGCGGCUCGGCUUUGUCUUUCCGGAAGCCAACUUUGACGACCGGUCGUUUGUUCAUGUACUCAUGCUGGAGAUUCUGGUCGGCCUUGCCCAGGCGAAUGACGGCGGCCACCGGCUGCCUAUCGAGGUCGGGCUGCUCAAGGCGCCAGCGCACAACCCGGUGGCGUGGCGGGUGACCCGGCGGGCGCGAGAGAACUCGCUAUCUCCGCGACUUGGGUUGAGGCGGACGGCGCCACCAGGCAAGGCGCUUGCGCCCGAUGUGCUCGUUGUGGAGGCGCGGCACACCAUCUUUGGGCGAACGACCGAGUCCCUCGCGCUGCACAUGGAGGACAUGGUAGAUCUGAGUGCAGAUGUGUUAGCCGGGCGCAGCGGAUUGUCCGGCGUGGCCUCGGUUGCGCUUCUUCAUCCGUCGGUCUCGGGCUACAUGGCCCGAAUCUCGUACAACGCGAGGUCACGGGCGCAGUUUUGCGUGGUGGUCUCGUCGUCUUCGAUGGCCAAUGCGGUGACGGUCAACGGUGCGUCGGUUCAGCUGGAGCCGGUCUCGCUGCAGGUUGGCGAUGUUGUUGCGUUUGGCGCGGUCGCCUACCGUGUCGAGAGCGUGCGUGGUGUGGGCACACCACUGUACACCGGCAAGUACUUGAGCGGGCCGCUGGCGCCGGUGGCGAUGGCUAUUGCUGACCUCAAGUGGCUCGAUGCGAUCCGGCCGUGCGGCGGAACCGAGGUUGUGGAGCGGUUCCUUGGCGUGGCGCUGGCGCCUGCGGUGCCCGACGCCGUCGUCUUUGUCUCUGCUCCGAUCGAGACGUCGAAAGGCCGACUUGAGCUCCGUGUGCCACAGAGCGCGAGCGAGUGGCGAGCGGUGCUCGCUCGGCGUGACGGCCGCGGCAAGUCACUGUUGUGGUAUGGCGCAGCGGCAGGCGCCCAGCUUCUGGUCGAGUAUCUUGUGGUGACGCUCCGGCCCGAAGCGCAGUCGCUCGGGCUCAUACCACCGACACUCACACCGCGGUCGCCGCUCAACACCUCGCGUCUGGCGCGCGAUGUUCGGCACGGCACCGGCUCGGUCCUUUCGGCCGAUACGACGCCGGCCCCGGUUCCCGAGAGCCUGCUCUUCGAGUCUCCGAUGGCUGUGGCAGUAGCGCGUGGACAUACGUGGACGGCCGAAUCUCUGCUGGCUGGCAUGUUGUCACAGCUCGCCAACGAGCAUCCGUCGUUCCCGACGGUGUACGCGCUGAUGGAGCGGACGCUGCACGCGGUGGAUUGGUCGCGAACACCAGACAUUCUGCACGCCGCCAUGCUCCGCGACCACCAGCUAGUCAUGCAGGUCCUGCUCCAGGCUCGGGUCAUCGAUGUGGCGGUGUGCGACAAGCGGACGCGGGCUACUGUGGUCAAGGCUGCACUCGAAGCUUCGUCGCUUGGCUGCCUCGCUCUGAUCCUCGACUCGAUGAUCCGUAGCUUGCGGAUGGAGGCGAUACCGGAUCUGGACACGCUCACUCAAGCCGAGUACGACCGAUAUACCACAGUAGCAACGGCGAGGAGCGGAGUAGGAGGCUCAGUCUUUAUGCACGCUUGGUUGGCGGAGACUGCGGCACAGCUUUUGCUGCGGCUCCGUGCGCUGCACUCGCUUGGUGAUGACGCGGCGGAGCGUCUGACUUCUGCGCGCGAUGGCAAGGGCGAGUCGCUGCUGCACUGGGCAGCACGGCUCGAUUGCAAGUGGCUUGCCGAGAUCCUCCUCCACCCGCGGGUGGGCAUGCUGCCAGACGUGACAGCCAGCAACGGCGCGUCGGCAUGGACGGCGGCAGUCGAGUCCGACUCGCUCGGCGUCCAGGUUGCGCUCUUGGCCGCGUCGACCGGUUGGCGGUGGGAGUCUGUGCCGGGCUUCCCAUCUGCCCUGGAGCGCGACUCGGGUAACGUGCUGCAUGCGCUCGCCGAGCUCGGGCACUGGCCGGAGAUGGCGUCGUUGGAAGGCGCACUGCGGGCCAACUCUGCGGCACAGGCUUGGACCAAGAUGGUGAAGGCGAGCGACCGUGCCGGCAACACACCGUUGCACCUGGCGGCAGAGCGCGGGGUACCGGUCCACCUCGCGGAGCUGCUGCUGGCGUCGGGCGCACCGGUCAACUGCCGCAACUCGGAGCUGCGCACUCCGUUGGAGCUGGCGAUGGAGCGGCACAUUCGCGACACACGACUUGCUGUCCUGCUUUUGCGGCACGGAGCGAAUCUAGAGGCGCUUGAGACGCACAUGCUCACGGUUCGGGCGCCAAUUACGGGGCUCUCCGUUUUGCAUCACGCAGCGAGUUCGGAGAAGAACUAUGAUGUGCUGGAGCGGAUGCUUCCCAAGGUAGAAUCGAUCGACGUGGCGUCUCGGCCGUUGGCGCGGGGUGCAGCGGCGCGGACACCGUUUGAGAUGGCGCGGACAGCCAACGCGUUGCGAGUGCUGGCGCUCUUGCUCAACGUGCCAGGCGAGCGCGGACUGGUGCUGAGUCUGGAGACGCUGCUGGAGCUCAUCCACUUGCAGACGCCGCGCGGCAAGACGAUCAUGUCGUUUGCGUGCCAACUCGGGUUCGUGCACACGGUUGCGCGGCUGCUGGCGCCGAUGGCACUGGAUCUGGAUCCAGACGCACUUGACGCUAGCCUCGUGAAUCGAUUGUUUUCACCAGAGCUGACGCGUGUGCUCUCGCAGUACGUGGACGCCGCACUGCAGCAUGAGCAGGUCCGCGUGGCGGUCAAGCUGCUGAGCGUCAUGGACACGUACGUGGCACGAGGGCGAACGGCCGAUGACAUGCGGGUGUUUGUCCACGCUCUGCGACUUGUGCGGGCGGUGCCUCACAACUCGAGCGGGAUUCAGGCGCGGAGCGGAUCAGGGACGCUCGACGAUGCUGCGGCGCUACCUGUGCUCCAGGCGCGGGCGACGCAGCGACUGGCGUUUGAGCGAUGUAACCUGGCAAAGGAGCGCGAUCAUUUCUACGACGAGCUCGCGCACCUACAGCAGCUACGAUCGCUCACGCUCCACGGAUGCAAGAUCUCGCGCAAGCCGCGGACUGAAGCGAGGCUUAAUCAGCUCAGCUCGAUGCUGGCGUGCUGUGUGCCAGGUAGUACUGACGAGAACGGAUUCCGCGACAGUAGACCGCGGUUUGGCGAGUCGGGAAGCGACGACGACGGCGGCGGCGAAGGCGACGGACGGAUGAGCGCGCGACAGGCAGGCCUGUUUGGUGAUGAGAUCCGGAUUUCUGUGGUCCAAGUCGCACGCGAGGUUCGAUCGCGAUCUCGUGGCGAGCGCGGCAGCGGCGGAAGUGACGGCGAGGGCGAUGACUCGCUCUCCGAGUCGACAGACAACGCACAAGAGUACACCGCUGUGCGAGUGCCGCACGGGGCAACGGUUUCGGCUGUAGUGGCGCGGGCAAAGGAGCUGUUUGGCAAGCCGGCUGACCAGUCAUGGUCGCUGCUCUGCCUUGCGCCAGAUCGCGAAGGAACGGUCAAGCUCGACAGCCACGUGACGAUGGAUGUGUUUCCGCGGCGAUCGCGGUUCAUUCUGCGGCGCGAGCACGCAGUCCGCGCCGGGAGCUAUUCCAUGGACCUGCUCUGCAAGGUCAUCGGUGCGCGCCAACCGGGCUCGUUUGAGCUGAGAGUGACGCAGUGCAAGCUCGGGACGCUCGACGCGGAGGAGCUUGUUCAUCUGCUUGGGCGACGCGGGCCUGGAUCCGGGCAGGCGCUGACCAAGCUGCAUGUGACAGCAGAGGAGCUGAACAUUACGAUGACGCGGCGGCUGCUUGCAGCGCUGCGCAAGCACAAGUACCUGCGCUACCACCGGGCGCGGGUUCAGGCACAAUGGCUGGCGUCACUCGGGCUGUAUCUUGUGUUUGGAGUGUACAUGAUGCUCCUGGGUUACUUUUCGAUGCUGCGGCGUGCGCUGCGUGGAUCUGUGGUCGAGUACUCGAACACGCUCAAGGCAGCGGUGUUUACGACGGACAUAUGGGUGCUCUUUCUUUCGACGGUGGUCUUUUCGUUCGUCUGGAUGUUCUCGAUUCUUGUGCCGUGGGUCAUUCUCCCACGGGCCGAGGGCUCCGCGUCGACGGCGCUGGCGUGCAUCGGGCUGUUUUUGGGCGUGCUUGUGGGGUGGAUGGGCGCGGUAUUUUUGCUUGCGCUGCUGGACGUGGACGGAAGCUACGCGCGCGUGGACGCACCGGCGCGGAAGAUCCAGUGGCUGCUUGCGCCAGAAGAGCUAACGUGGCUAGACGUGCGGUUGCCGUGCGCAUCUGCGGCGGCCAAGGCCUCGCGGGCCAAGAACACGGCGUCGCGGAUGGUCAACUCGCGGUGGUGUGUGGCGGUGCGACGGUUGAACUGGCGGAACGGGCUCGCGGUGCUCACGAUCGGACUCGAGUUUGUGCAGCUGACGUCAUUGGCGCUGCGGCCUGCGCGUGAUGUGUACCCGUGGGCUGCACACCCGCAGCGUGUGGCCAAGUUCUCGCUGCUCGACCUUGAUCUAGGGCGACGCGGGUACUAUGCGGGACUGGGUGUUGCGGGUGCGGCGGCGCUGGUAUGGUGGAUCAUUUCUGCUUUUCUGGGAGUGUUCUCGCUCCAGAACGCGGCGGCGGCGGCGCUGACAAGCCUGCCGAUGGUGGAGGAUGUGUCUAAGAUUCUCUCGUCGACGCUGUUUCUGCUUGUGGUGGUGCGGCUGCUCUCGACGCUCGACUGCACGUACGAGGGAGGUGGAGCGUUUCUGGACGAGUUGCCUGAAGUGGCGUGCUGGACAGGCUUGCACGCGCGAUUGGCGUCUGUGGGCAUGAUCGGACUGGCGUACUACCUGUUCUCGGCGUCGUUCAUUGGCAUCCACUUUACCGAAGAUCACUCGGGCAAGACCGACAUCCAGUUUGCCGAGCUGUUCAUGCUCCUGGAGCGGAUUAUCAAGGUUCUCGUCUCUGCCUUUAUGAUGUUCUUCUCGUCGAGUCCCGGGCUCGGGCUUUCGUUGCUCCUCUUUGCAGAGGCGGCGUUGGUGGUGGUGCUGUUCAAGUACCGGCCGUGUCCGUUCAGCUCGAUCCUUGUGCUCAAGGCGGUCUCGUUCUCGAUGGCAGGGUGGACGGCGCUCUGCUCGCUGCUGGGAGUGUGGUUUGAGAUCAGAGCGUCGUCGGCACUGCUCGCGCUUCUGCUGAUCGGGUGGAUGGUGAUCCCGGCGGUGGCAUACGUGGCAUACUCGCGAUUCUCUUCGGCGCGGUACCAGACGCUGGCCAUGGAGGCGGCGGCGCGGGAGUCGCAAACGUUUGUCGGGACAAGUUGGAGCAGUGACGAGAGCUACGACGAGUUGGCAGGCGCGCCAACAGCGGAAUCGGCCGAGGGAGCGGAGAGUGCAGGUAUGGGUUGCGAGUCGUACUCUUACUCGACGCACACGCAGACGAUGACAAGCGGCGGCAGCGAGAGAGGCGGCGACGACGACCGGAUCUCGUCGUCGUCGUACUUUUCGUCGCUCUCUCUAGUGCUGGAUGACAUGUAGGGAGGGAGCGUUUAGCGGUUAGGGGUUGGGCUGCGGCGGCUCGUCGUCCAUGACGAGCGCCCAGUGGUUCUGCGGCUCUUCGGCCUUGUGUGUGUUGAAGAAGGUAUGGACACAGACCUCUGUGGGAGCGCCCGGGGCGGUGGACUUGCCAGUGGAGGCGAGGCAAGCGUUGGUGGCGCAGUGGCGGAUGAUGACGCGGCCGUUGGCUGGGACUGGAUGGCCCUCGGCCUCGUCGCGGAGGAGCGGGUCAAAGUGCUCGAUGGUCCAGACAGAGGCGUGGGGGAAGGGCUGUG